GCCGCCAUCGCCGCCGCUCAGCAGCACUGCCGCCAUCAUGGAGCUCCCGGAGCAGCCGGUGCCCCUCAGGGCCGCGGACGAGAACCUCCGGAUGCACAAGGGCGAUGGCGUCAAGAAGACGCUUUCGGUGGAGCACAUCUACCAGAAGAAGACGCAGCUGGAGCACAUCCUGCUCCGGCCCGACACCUACAUCGGCUCUGUGGAGAUGGUCACCCAGCAAAUGUGGGUUUUUGAUGAGGACGUGGGCCUCAACUGCAGAGAUGUGACCUUUGUGCCUGGCUUGUACAAGAUCUUUGAUGAGAUUCUAGUCAAUGCUGCAGACAACAAGCAGAGGGACAAAAACAUGACAUGCAUUAAAGUUACAAUUGACGUAGAGAAUAACACAAUCAGCGUAUGGAACAACGGGAAAGGUAUUCCAGUUGUUGAACACAAGGUGGAGAAGGUCUAUGUGCCUGCUCUUAUCUUUGGACAGCUGCUAACAUCCAGCAACUACGAUGACAAUGAAAAGAAAGUCACAGGUGGGCGAAAUGGUUAUGGAGCCAAACUGUGCAAUAUAUUUAGCACAAAGUUUACUGUGGAAACUGCCUGUCGCGAAUACAAAAAGCUGUUCAGACAGACUUGGACCGACAACAUGGGGAAGGCUGGUGAGAUGAAACUGAAAUAUUUUGAUGGAGAAGAUUACACGUGUGUCACCUUCCAACCUGAUCUGUCAAAAUUCAAAAUGACAAUCCUUGAUAAAGACAUUGUAGCACUGAUGUCUCGAAGAGCGUAUGAUAUUGCUGGAUCCACAAAGGAUGUCAAAGUUUUCCUAAAUGGACAGAGGCUGCCUGUGAAAGGAUUCCGCAGUUAUGUGGACCUCUAUCUGAAGGACAAAGUAGAUGAAACCGGUAACGCACUUAAGGUUGUCCAUGAGGAAGUAAAUUCUCGGUGGGAAGUGUGUUUGACUUUAAGUGAAAAAGGCUUCCAGCAAGUCAGCUUUGUCAACAGCAUUGCCACUACAAAGGGUGGCAGGCACGUUGAUUACAUAGCUGACCAACUUGUGACUAAAGUCAUUGAAGUUGUGAAAAAGAAGAACAAGAACGGAGUUGGAGUGAAGCCUUUUCAGGUGAAGAACCACAUGUGGAUUUUCGUGAAUGCCUUAAUUGAAAACCCAACUUUUGACUCUCAGACUAAGGAGAACAUGACUCUGCAGGCAAAGAACUUUGGCUCAACCUGUAAACUGAGUGAAAAAUUUAUUAAGGGUGCAAUCGCCUGUGGCAUUGUUGAAAGUAUCCUAAACUGGGUAAAAUUUAAAGCUCAGAACCUGCUGAAUAAGAAAUGUUCAGCUGUGAAACACACGAAGAUUAAGGGUGUUCCUAAGCUGGAUGAUGCCAACGAUGCUGGCAGCAAGAAUUCUUUAGACUGUACACUAAUCCUGACUGAGGGAGACUCAGCCAAAACCCUGGCUGUCUCUGGUCUAGGAGUGGUUGGUAGAGACAAAUAUGGAGUAUUUCCACUUCGUGGGAAAAUACUCAAUGUCAGAGAAGCUUCUCACAAGCAGAUAAUGGAAAACGCUGAAAUCAACAACAUCAUCAAGAUUGUGGGUUUGCAAUAUAAAAAGGACUAUGAAGAUCGAGAAUCUUUAAACACUCUUCGCUAUGGCAAGAUUAUGAUUAUGACAGAUCAGGAUCAGGAUGGAUCACAUAUCAAAGGAUUGCUGAUUAACUUCAUCCAUCACAACUGGCCAUCUCUUCUAAAACACAACUUUUUGGAGGAAUUUAUUACUCCCAUCAUAAAGGCCACUAAAAACAAAGAAGAAAUUGCAUUCUACAGCAUUCCCGAAUUUGAAGAAUGGAAAAACAGAACACAGAACUACAAUUCAUGGAAAAUCAAGUACUACAAAGGUUUGGGUACCAGCACAUCGAAGGAGGCUAAAGAAUACUUUGCAGAUAUGGCUAAACAUCGAAUUGGCUUCAAAUACACUGGGCCUGAAGAUGAUGCUGCGAUCACCCUGGCCUUUAGCAAGAAGAAGGUAGAAGAGCGAAAGGAGUGGCUGACUAAUUUCAUGGAGGAUAGAAGACAACGGAAGCUGCAUGGCCUGCCAGAGGAAUACCUAUAUGGGAAAAACACUACUUACCUGACAUACAACAACUUCAUCAACAAGGAGCUAGUGCUGUUCUCAAACUCAGAUAAUGAAAGAUCAAUCCCGUCACUGGUUGAUGGUUUGAAGCCAGGUCAAAGAAAAGUUCUGUUCACGUGUUUCAAACGAAAUGAUAAGCGGGAGGUGAAGGUUGCUCAGCUGGCUGGUUCUGUAGCUGAGAUGUCCUCAUACCAUCAUGGUGAAGCGUCAUUGAUGAUGACUAUUAUUAACUUAGCUCAGAACUUUGUGGGCAGUAACAACCUCAACUUGCUACAGCCGAUUGGUCAGUUUGGCACAAGGCUGCAUGGUGGGAAAGACUCUGCCAGUCCUCGAUACAUCUUCACAAUGCUCAGUCCACUAGCACGGCUGGUGUUCCCACCAAUGGAUGACCAUGUCCUGAGGUUCCUGUAUGAUGAUAAUCAACGUGUGGAGCCAGAGUGGUAUAUGCCUAUCAUUCCAAUGGUGCUGAUAAACGGGGCAGAAGGGAUUGGGACUGGCUGGUCCUGUAAGAUCCCCAACUUUGAUAUUAGGGAAGUUGUGAACAAUAUUCGUCGCCUAAUGGAUGGAGAAGAGCCAUUGCCAAUGCUUCCUAGUUACAAGAAUUUCAAAGGCACAAUAGAUGAGCUCGGACCUAAUCAGUAUGUGAUAAGUGGUGAAGUGUCUAUCCUUAAUUCUACAACCAUUGAGAUCACCGAACUGCCUGUCAGAACAUGGACACAGACUUACAAGGAGCAGGUUCUGGAGCCAAUGUUGAAUGGGACUGAGAAGACACCCCCACUGAUCACAGACUAUAAAGAAUAUCACACAGAUACAACAGUGAAGUUUAUAGUGAAGAUGACUGAAGAAAAACUAGCAGAAGUUCAAGCAGCAGGGGUGCAUAAGGUCUUCAAACUCCAAACAAGUUUAACAUGCAACUCCAUGGUUCUUUUUGACCAUGUCGGCUUUCUCAAGAAGUACGACUCUCCCCAAGACAUUCUUAAAGAGUUCUUUGAACUCAGACUCCGAUAUUACGGUUUGAGAAAGGAAUGGCUGAUUGGAAUGUUGGGUGCUGAGUCUGCAAAGCUGAGCAACCAGGCUCGGUUCAUCCUGGAGAAAAUAGAUGGCAAAAUUGUCAUCGAAAACAAACCCAAGAAAGAGCUGAUUCAAGUUCUUAUCCAGAGAGGGUAUGAAUCUGAUCCAGUGAAGGCUUGGAAGGAGUCGCAGAACAAGGAAGAAGAGGGGGAGGAGGAGGAGAGUGACAAAGAAUCAGCUUCAGGUACUGGACCGGACUUCAACUAUCUGCUUAACAUGCCUCUUUGGUAUCUGACUAAAGAGAAGAAAGAUGAGCUGUGUAAGCAGAGAGAUAGCAAAGAAAAGGAGCUGGAGACCCUGAAGUGCAAGAGUCCCUCUGAUCUGUGGAAGGAAGACCUUGCUGUCUUUGUUGAAGAACUUGAUGCAGUGGAAGCCAAGCAAAGGCAGGAUGAGAUGGCAGGCUUUGUUGGGAAGCCUCUAAAAGCAAAAGGAGGAAAAAUGAGGAAGACACAACUGCCAGAAGUAAUGCCAUCAGCUCAUGGCGAAAGGGUUGUACCUCGGAUAACUGCAGAGAUGAAGGCAGAGGCAGAGAAGAAAAGUAAGAAGAAAAUCAAGACUGAAAAAACUGAAUGUGAUGAGAAUCAAGAAGAAAGCCCAUCAGGGAACAAAGAGCUUCCAGGCCUUAAGCAGAGAUUAGUACAGAGGUUUAAGACUGAGCAAGGUGGUAAGAAACAGGCCACGCUACCAUUUAAGCCAUUAAAGAAAGCAAAGAAACGAAACCCUUGGUCUGACUCAGGGUCUGAUUCAGAGACUGAUUUUGAAGUGCCUCCUAAAAGAGAGAGAGUGGUUCGCCAAGCAGCAGCCAAAGUCAAGACCGUAAUCAGUUCGGACUCGGAUUCAGAUCCCUCCAGGUCAGAUGAAGAGUUUAAACUUCAGGGCAGCAGUGAAGGCAACACUGAAUCUGGUACAGACUCCAAAGAAAAACCCCCAUCCAAGCCCAGAGCUGCUCCAAAGGAAACCACUGAAAAAGCAGCUGAAGCUCCCAAGAAAAAGCCAGUGCAAAGCACUAUUCCUGUUCAAGCUGGGGAUGUUGCUGAUGAAAAUGAGAGUCAAGCUGCGGCAGCUCCUUCUGUCUCUGUGCCUCGCAGCAAGGCUGUAGCUAAAAGACCUGCUGCAGCUAAGAAGGCCGGGGCCACCAAGGAUAACCAGCCAUCCAUCGUGGAUAUUCUCACCAAGAAAAAGGCUGCCCCCAAAUCUACCAAGGCAGCAACAAAGGAGGGAUCCCUGGACCCUGAGGCCGCAGCAGUGGGUGACAAGAAGCCUGUGCAGACCAAGGGGCGGAAAGUUGUCAAAAGGCAGCCGACUGCUGUGAUUUCAGAUUCAGAUUCUGAGUCAGAUUUUGGCUCCAAGCCUUCCAAAUCAGUCGCAGCAAAGAAAGCCAAGCCAGACGACGAUGAGAGCUUUACCAUUGAUCCAAGUGUUCGUGCAGGCAGCCCCAUUGCAGCUGAGCCCCGUACCAGGCCUGGGCGUCUCAAGAAGCCCGUCCAGUACCUGGAGGAGUCCGAGGAGGAUGACUUGUUUUGAGUUAGGAUGAAGAGUUUCAAAGUGCUGAACCCAGCAGCACCAUGAGCAGAGCUCUGGACAAGCUCUCGCCCAAGAGCAUCGUUACCUUGGUCUGGUGAAUACUGUCACUGACUUUCAAGCUACUUUAAAUGUGUUGGUGUAAGUGAAUCUCUGUUUUUCUUGGUUUUAAAGAACUUUGUUUAAAUAGUACCUCCCCCCCUUUCUUGGGAACACUGGAGCCACGUGCCCAGCUGGUGCUGAUGCACUUCCCUCCUCUUACCUGUUAGUAGCUGGAAUCCUUUGACACUUGGUUGUCGUUUGGUUCAGCUUUGCUUUAGAACAGAUCAAAUCCUUCUUAAGCACCCUCUUGCAUAGAUACCUUCCAUUUGAGAGACCUUCAUAAUGAAAUUCACAACCAUAGAUAGAGAUGUAAUGAGGAGGUGUUUAGAACUCCACACUAGUGUGUCUCUUUCUCUUAGUCCUUUAUGUCUGUGCUCAGUCUCUGCCAUGUUGAGUUUUAGCCUUUGGGGUUUUACGUUCAAAUUUGAAGUUCUACACCAGAGUAUUUUAUCUCGUUGCGGUUUCUUGACUGUCCAUGUAAAUACUUUCUGUGUUUUUCUUGUCCUUUGUCUUUUUAAUAUUUAUGUAAUAAAAGGGUUUUUACUUGAGCUUUGCUCAUUAAAAAGGAGUUGUCCUCA